GCGCCGCUUUUUUCCCUCCGGAGAGCGAAGAUGGCAGCGUCUUGCUGCGGCAGCUGCGCGAAGGGCUUCUGCCAAAUUGCGCGAAGGGGUCUCCUGGUCUCCGUGGGGGCCGGGAGCCGGGGCCGUUGCAUCGCCUCCUCCGGCGCGGGCAGCUAUGGGCGAGGCUGGCCCGGGGCAGGGAGACCCCUUCUGCUGGGGGCCGUCUUUGCCCUUGGGGGCGCCUUUGGCGCUUACCGGACCCUCCAGCGACGCUUCCGAGGCCAGAAGCCUCUCGCGAGGCAAGAGGCGUCCAAGCUCCCAGAGGAGAACCUGCAGUUGACCCUCUACCAGUACAAGACCUGCCCCUUCUGCAGCAAGGUCCGAGCUUUCCUGGAUUAUCAUGGGCUGCCUUAUGAAGUCGUGGAGGUGAAUCCAGUCAUGCAGAAGGAGAUUAAGUUCUCUGCCUACAGGAAAGUGCCCAUUCUCCUUGCCAGCGCUGGAAGCACAGUGCAAUUGAAUGACUCUUCUGUGAUCAUCAGUGCAUUUAAAACCUACCUCGUUUCCAGGAGGGGUUUGGACGAGAUUAUGUCAUACUACCCUGCUAUGAAAGCCACAAAUGACCGGGGCAAGGAGGUGAUUGAGUAUGGCAACAAAUACUGGCUUAUGCUGGAUGAAAAGGAGACUCGGAAUCUUUAUCCUGUCAAGGAAGCAAGAGUGGAGGAAAUGAAAUGGAGGCAGUGGGCGGACGAUUGGCUUGUGCACCUCAUCUCGCCCAAUGUUUACCGCACGGCUGGCGAGGCCCUGGCAUCUUUCGACUACAUUGUGCAUGAGGGCAAGUUUGGCACAAUCGAAGGCUUCUUUGCCAAAUACGUUGGGGCUGCUGCAAUGUUCUUCAUCAGCAAAAGGCUAAAGGCCAGGCACCACCUGCAGGAUAAUGUCAGGGAAGACUUGUACAAAGCAGUGGACGACUGGGUGGAAGCUGUCGGCCACCACAGGAUGUUCAUGGGUGGAUCUCAGCCAAACCUUGCAGAUCUGGCGGUUUAUGGAGUUUUGCGCGUCAUGGAAGGCUUGGAAGCUUUUGAUGACAUGAUGACCCACACCAAGAUCCAGCCUUGGUACCGUCGUAUGGAGGCAGCCAUUGGGCAGUCCAGAGUUGCCACACAGCACUCCAGAUGCUAAAAACAACCCUUACAUUGACCAGGAAAAGCUCAUAAAGCAAAGCAGGACUUAUUUAUUUUUUAAUUCCAAAGCCAAAAGGGGUGUAUGCAAUGAGAGUCCACCACCAAAGGUGUCUUGGAAAAAGCAGUGGAACAUGACGCAUGGACUAUUAUUUGUAGAAAGCCUUAAGGGUAUCAUACUUGCUGAGUGAAUUUUGAUUGUUAGGCCCUUACUAGACCCUUAUGCUUUGGGAAUUGACUUUGUUUUUCCAAGUGUCUAAAAAAACCUUGUCUGUCUGAAAAACAUUUGCUUGGUCCUGGAGGAGGUGGAAGAAGUGUUUUCCUAGGGGUUCAUUCUGCUGAUGGGAAAGAGUCUGCCAGUUUGCAGGACACUGAGUCCUUCUUGUUCAGAGUGAAUAGAUCUGAAGCCACACUCUUGUUGCUGCUUUUCUCUGGGUUCUGUAUGGCAUGUGGGAGUUCUCCAUUACCAGACAGUUGACCCAGAGAGGGUAACACAAACAAAUAAAGAACAGUUAGCAAAUAGUGUGCAAUAUUUAUCUGAAGCAGGUGCAGGGAAAAGGCUGAAGUUUCUGGAAAUGUGCCUUUGGGAUAAAAUAAUGGUAUUCUAGGAAAGAAUGAGAACAGAAGAGCCUUUACUCUUGCUACCCAUCAAAGGGAUCUGUCAGGAUUUCCAGGUGAAAGGCAAUUCCUUUUUAAAUAAGGUGUGGUUUGUAAAAUGUGGUGAUGGCACACAUCUGUGGUGUUCUGCCACGUAAAAGAUUGUCUUAAUGUUGGAGAAGGGUUGUAAAGUGUGAAGCAGCCCUCACACUUAGAAGGAGCACAUGCAAGUUCUGUUCUUAAACCUGUUCAACAGACACGGCUCACUUUGCAAAAGGUUUCAGUUACUUAGUUCUUUAGAGGGGGAGGAAAGGGGGAUACAAGUGACAGCUCAAUUAAAAACUGGAUUAAGUUUGUAAACGUGAGUUUCUUCAAUGCAAUUUGGCCUUUAUUCGAGUCAGAGGCAUACCUAGGUCCCUUGCAUCCUUGGCAAGGAGCUGUCUCGGCACCUCCCCCCAGAGAAAAAACCCCACUUUACUGCACUAGCCACAUGAGAAAUUCCUAUAUUUUUAUGAGACCCAAGUACUCAAAGGAUCUGGAAGAAGGGUGAGACAAGGAGGAAGGGUGAAAUGUGCAAGAACACACACAUGUACACCAUACACUCCAUAGUCUAAUAGGUGAUUUUUGCACCUGGUGGGGGCUGGUUCCACCAACGCUUAGGGUUGCAACACCAUGUGCAGUAGGGCUUACUUUCAAACAAAUGCACACACAAGGUUGUGCUGCUGUUGACACAUGCUCUGCUUUGUUCAGCCUGAUCCCGAAUCAUUUUUGGAUUGCAACCCUGGAUACGUACUCUGGUGUAGCUUCGCUGCAGAAUUCAGAUAUGCAUACUCUGUCUUGGAUAAAAGUAUUGGUGUCAGUUGGGCUACUUGGAAAUAAAGAUUUUCUUUUGAUGGUA